GUGCAGCGCUGGGUGGUCUACGUGUCGGAGCAGUUCGAUUCCCAGACCUUCAACCGGGGCUGGAACUUCAACACGGCCCUGGCAAUCGCCUCCGCCCAAACCACCGCCUCUGCGGACAUCAAGUCUGAGAUGGGCAUGGACUUUGAUUGCGCCGUCAUCCAGGACAUCGACUACCUGCCGGAGAAGGGCGUGGACUACGGGGACUGCGAGGUGCCGAUGCAGCUCAGCGCGGAGAUCGACAGAUACAACUGGAAGACGCCAUACCUUACCAGCGCAGGUGGCAUCGUUGGAAUGAGCUUGCGCCAUUGGCGCAAGAUCAACGGCUUCGGCAACAAUUACUUCGGCUGGGGCGGGGAGGACGACGAGCUUCACCACCGGCUGCGCUUGAACGGGUUGCUGUAUGGGGACUGCUACCCCUACUGCUCCAAGAACGACGGCAACGUGGGGAAGCCGGGCCAGUCCAUCAAGAGGCCCAAGAAGGGCUUCGGGCGCUUCAGCGGGAAGUUCAUGCACAGCGCCAACCACACCAAGAGGAUCACCGACAGCCGCGCCUAUAGCCGGAACUUGGAGCAGCUGAAGGAAAUCGGUUCCGGGGGCAACCGAUGGAAGACCGACGGCCUCAAUAGCCUGGCCUUUAGCAUUGUGGAUUCGCAGGAGGAUGCGGCAGAUGAAGAGAAGUAUGGCAUCACCUAUCGCCACAUCAAGGUGAGGCGAGGGAAGAAGCCAUUCCAUGUCCGAGACGUGCCCAUGGCCAUCCCCCCUGGAUUCUGCAAAUCCACAGUGCCCGAUGGGUGGAUUCUGAAAAAGCUGGGCGACGGGCCCAUCCCCUGGGACCUCGAGGGCCUGCGGCAGCGCGCCGCGGCCUUCGUCGGGGCGGAGUGCCCGGGCGCUUCGAAGGCCAACUUCUUGCUGGUGGACAGGCGGCAGCAGGUAGCAAAGAUUUUCGACAAGAGCAUGGAGCGCAUGCUGGUGGUCUACCUGCGGUCUUUGGGCAGUGCCAUGGAAGAUGCCCUCAUCGUGGCUGACCCCCGGCCUGGACCGGAGAUUCUCAAGGCACCAGCAGGACAACUGGGGACCAGCCUAUUCAUGAGAAGAAAAACAGUUGGGGAGGCCUUCCAGGACACCCACGCCUUCCGGGACCCCCCCACCUUCUACUGCGUGUGCACCUCCAAGCUGAAGAAGGGGGGUCCCAAGUACAGCGUUCACCAGGGCGAUCACUGCAGCGGCGGAGGAUGGGACGCGGUUCCUGGGGGCCUCUGGCGCGGCUAUGCAAAUCCGAAGCCCGGCACUAAGGCGGUGACUUGGUGCGACAACGAGAAGCACUGGACGCAGGUCCUGGUGAAAGGCACCAGCUGCCCCGAGACCUGGUCGGGCCUCAAGUGGAUUGUGGGGGGAACCUUCUACGUGAAGGAGGGCACCUCCUUCUGCGCGGGUACACGGAAGGUGGACUCGGAGGAGAUGUCUUUCUCACGGCUCCUGGCCAAGAAGAGUUGCUCUGGAGACGGCUUCACCCACGAGCUCAACUUCGACCCUGUGGCAGAGCCCGAGCCGGUGGCGAGCCUUGGCAUUUGCAUAGGGCAAGACGCGUCACGGCAAAAGUCCCGAAUCUCGAUGCAGGACGACUGCGACUCGGGGGAGUUCACCCACGUGGCGCGUUUCGCGGCGCGCCGCGCCAAGUUCGCGCUGCAGAGCGACCGCCUCUUCUGCGUGCCGAACGCGGCGGGGGACGUGAUCCGGGCCGAGGGCCGCUGCACGGGCACGGAGGGCUUCGACUUCGCGCUGCCGGUGGACCACGAACAUCCAGUCUCAGAGAUCCACCCGGAUCUGGCCAAGGAGUUGCGCCUCUGCGUGGGCUUCCGCGAAGGCAAGGACAAGCCCUCCAUCGGGGUGGACCAGCAAUGCGACAGCCUCCAGCGUCUCAGUGUGGACUUUCAAGCGCCCUCGCUGCUGGACGUGGCGGCGUCGAUGCCAUCGGCGCACGCCAAGACGGCGCCGCUCUUUACCAUCGUGGAGGAGGAGGUGACGUGCUUUGGCUUCCUGUGCCCCAACGUGCUGAAGUAGAUGUACCGCGCACCGUGCAUCGGCUUAAAGGCGAACUAAAUAUCCGUGCACAGGCA